AAUAGUGAUCCAAGGCCAACCUUAACCCUUUUUAAAGUUGAAGCUCGUCUAUUCUAUUCUCAUACAUCGCAUCGCGAUGUUGAAAACUGACGGGACGUUCACAUAACGGCACGAUUGGCUGUUCAUAUUCUUAUUACACCUGACCUAUGACCUGCCGAUGCUUAAGGUAUACGGAUGAAGGUUCUAAGCGCCUGCAUUAGCCAUGUACUGGCCCAUUGGAACACCUAGAAUCUAUGCGACAACCACCAGCCAAGCUUCAUCUAAGUCAAACUUCGUCGUGUCCAACGAUGGCACUGCCUCUAUUACGACCGCCGAUACCGAAUCCUUAUCGAGUGCCGAACCACCUCCUCCCGUGCUGUUAGAUGAGAAAGAUAGAAACAUACCAGAUACCCAUAUACCGCCUGUCACCCCCGGCCUCAGGACACCGGCUACACCGGCUAUUAACUCAGUAGAGCAUGACGUCUAUCACGAUGGAAGCAACUCCAACUCGCUGCAAUACCUCACGGAGUCUGAUGGAGGGGGCAUUCCAGCUGGAGAUCCAAUUGUUGCCUUGAAAGUAUCUAGGACUGGCCAUCUGUUUGCCAUUAUCACGCCCACUACGAUGACGAUAUGGCAAACCAAGCCUACUGUAAUCCAGGCCGUUGUCGUCCGAUCCGAAACGUCCAUAAGGUCCUAUGGCACUAAUGUCGCACUUUUACUUAGACCCGAUUCUGUCAUAUUCGUCGUUCAAACAAGUCUAGGAUAUCUAAUAACGUAUUCACUUGCCACCGAUGCCGAAUCCCGCGUUUAUAAGCCUCGUUUUUCAGACCACAGUAAUAUCCAAAGACGGAGGCAAAGCCAUUUUGGGGGGCCUGGUAACAAUACACCUGAUCAAAUCUUAUUAGGUCCUGGCGAGGGAACCGGAGUUCGCGACAUAAGUGUCCGAUUUCGUAGGGUGAUCAAAGUUGAUGCUGGUAUCGAAUGUGCUAUAGCUCUUGAUGAAGAGUUGGUUGUUGCCACUAAGAAACCGGCCGCCGUUCAAUGUAUUCGGUGGACCCCGGAUAGUACUGGUAACCAAACGAGUACCGAGCUGGUAAGCCGCAUGGGUUGGUUGGAGAAGAAAGUGACAAUCAAGGAAAUGACACACGACCGACCGAUGAACCUUUCCACGUGGGUUACAAGCGAUGGGAAAGCGUAUGCAGUCCAACGUAUCUCGGCUACUAAAGCCAAGGAGAACCCCGACUUCGAUCCGAAGAAGUUAUUCAAAGGUUAUUGCUUCCAUUCACCACACGGAGAGAGUGAUCGUGCUGUUAAGGCCGUCGUCAACGCUAGGUUUUCGCUUAUCGCCGUGGGUUGUACGGAUGGGAGCAUCCGCGUAUACUCCGCUAGAGAUUACGCUGGCAAUAUCCCGCCUUCUCAUGUACACCAACUCCCGGUCUCGUCAGAAACCUCAGGCGUCCUGAGGACGUUAAACUAUUCACCAGAUGGGUACUGCCUAUUUGCGGGUUACGAAAGCGGAUGGGCGACGUGGAGUGUGUUUGGCAAGACUGCCGGUCACAGCUUCAACACCAACCCUUCUAUCACUUCUGCCAACCAGGAGAGCUGGCUAGGUGGUAUUAUAGAUGCCAGCUGGGUUGGCGGUGCUUCUGAGAUCCUCAUGGUUGCUCGUCAGAGCGAGGCCAUUUGGCUACUCGAGAUGGCGCGAAGCGCAGUGACUGGUUGCUAUACUCCGCCAAACCUCUUUCGCACCGUGCUGCAGAGUUCGUCCACGGUCAUGGUUUACCGAGGCUAUGAUCUCCCAGACUUGACUAGCAUAUCUGCCGAGCCUUUUUUAUGGCACAAUGCUAGAAUUCCCUCCAAUUACCUUCUAAAUCAAUGGCCCAUCAAAUGUACUGUCGUGUCUGCUGACGGUAGAUACGUUGCAGUUGCAGGCAGGCGCGGACUUGCACACUACAGUGUUAACAGCGGCAGAUGGAAGACCUUUGCGAAUGAAGCCAUGGAAAAUGAAUUUCAGGUCAGGGGCGGGAUGUGUUGGUAUCAGCAUAUCCUGGUAGCAGCUGUUGAAGCCAAUAGAUCGUAUGAGCUCCGGCUCUACUCAAGAGAGGCAGCCCUUGACAGCUCUACUGUCGUGUUCACUCAGCAAAUGCCGGCACCUAUUGUCUUGAUCACGCCAUCGGGAGAGGACUCUCUGCUCGUCUACACUUACGAUAAUCUCCUUUACCACUUUGUUUUUGCCCCCGUCUCCGGUGCCAUGCGGCCCAUACAGGUUGGACAAAUUGCAUUUCACGGUAUUGUUAGAUCGCCUGCGAGGGUGAGAGGCCUCAGUUGGAUAUUGCCCGAAAACCAGAUGAUCGAUGGCGAUCCCUCACAGGACGUCGCAUUUGCGUCGGUGCUAUUCCUAGUGGAUGGAAAACUCGUUCUCCUUCAGCCGUCAGUGAACAGCGAAGGCCAGCUUAAAUAUGACAUGCGUGUCAUAUCUCAUAACGUGGAAUUCUACGCCAGUAUGAGAGAUCAGUUAUCGGUCAAUUUAUUAAGUGAAUCUAGUGCACAGUAUUCCGUGGAAGCUGAGGAAAAUGGUCUUCGGAAUUCACUAUGGGUAUUUGAGGGCCAUGAACUAAAGGUUUGGCCUGAUGUUCAAGAUGUCCUACGAGCGACUUCAGUAGGGCCCACGGCUGAGCUACCCCCCACAGUCUCUAUGCCAAUCGACUUCUACCCCCUCUCUAUUCUAAUGGGUAAGGGAAUCGUGCUGGGAGUUGAACCUGAAUUAGUCCAACGGAGAGACGUCAGUUUCUCUUUCUUCCGUUUCUCUAUCAGGACUCAUCUUUUCCUCCCCGAAGUUCUCCGAUUUCAUUUAGUCGCAAGCAACGCCGCCGCUGCGCUUAAAUUAGCCCGGCAAUACCAAAAUCUCGAGUACUUCGCACAUGGUUUAGAGGUACUACUUCAUCAUGUUCUCGAUGAAGAAGUUGACUCAGCGCCGAAACCUGAAGCUGCCAUCCUCCCCCGAGUUCUUUCGCUUUUGUCGUCGUUCAGACAAUACCUGGAUAUUGUAGUCCAAUGCACCAGGAAAACGGAGGUCAGGUCAUGGCGAACACUUUUCGCGUACCUACCUCCACCGCAAGAAUUGUUUGAAGAGUCGCUUCAGCGUGGCUCGUUGAAGACAGCUGGUGGUUAUCUACUAAUACUACAUACAUUCGAAGAGCUAGGUGCCGCAUCGGAACAGUCCGUGCGUCUAUUCUCGCGAGCCAUCAGAGAAGAAGAUUGGGAGCUUUGCAAGGAGCUGGCCCGGUUCCUAGCAGCAAUGGACGAAAGUGGAGAGACAUUAAGGGAGGCGAUGGAAUUGGUCAACAUCCGAGUCAAGCAAGAUUCCGAUGAUACUGAUAUAAGUAGCAGGCUUGAGGUACCACAGCUGAAGACUAAUGGUACUUCCCGCUUAACGAGACAGAACUCGGAGACAGGUUCCGAUAUACAAUCAGCCAGUGACAUUAGCAGCUUUGGCACAGCAAGUCCAAUAUAGUGGGAAUGGAAUAGAGCUGGUAGCAUAGGAUAAAAUGGGUUGGGGUGGGAAGUAAUCCGCAUUUUUUCGUCCACCAGGUAGUUAGGAGCUGAAGGAUCGCAUUGUAACUCUUAGGUCCUCUUCAACACGCUUUUAAAAAGGCAGAAAGGCGGAAAGGCGGGAAUGAAGCGGGCUCAGGCCAAUCUGAGAUUUCACUAUCCAGUACGGUUUUUCUAUGGAGUUAAUUAGGUGAAAUGAAAUUCAAA